AUGAUUUUGCGUGUAGUAGAAGAAUGCGGACUGAGGAGAAGGAUCGCGCAGCGAAGCCGGGGCCGGAGAGAAGGUGAGGAGUGGCGCGAGGCCAUGGCGGAAGGGGAGGCGGCGUCCGCGGGCCUCGCCGACGCCGUGCUGCUGGCGCCGCUCAGCGAGGACUCGUUCCUGCACAAUUUGCACGUGCGAUACAAACGUGACGCUAUCUACACGUACGUGGGCAACGCCUUGGUGUCGGUGAAUCCGUGUCGCCCUCUGCCGCUCUACUCGGCUGAACUCGUACGGACGUACCUCGCGCGCCCCCCUUACCUGCUGCCGCCGCAUCUCUACGCUAUUACUGCCUCCGCCUACAGAUGGGUGCGCGACAGGAACGAGAACCAAUGCAUAGUGAUAACCGGCGAGAGCGGAUCGGGCAAGACGGAGGCCGCGCGUGUGUGCCUGCAGUGCGCAGUGGUAGCCGGGGGCGGAGGCGGCGGCGGGGGACAGCUGGCCGCGGCCGGCACCCUGCUCGAGGCCUUUGGUAACGCGGCCACAACGAGAAACCACAACGCUAGCAGAUUUGGCAAGCUGCUCGACAUCGAACUGGACUUCAAGGGCGAGCCGGUAGGGGGCCACCUCACGCACUACCUUUUGGAGAAGGAGCGCGUGUGUUACGUGGGCGAAGGCGAGCGCAACUUCCACAUCCUGUACCAGCUGCUGGCCGGCGCCGACGCUCAUCUCCUCAAACGGUUGAAACUACAACGCUCGUGGGAAUCGUACCGCGUGCUAGUCGGGACGGCCGCCGAGAACGAGGCGGGGGCGCGGCUCCCCAGCGAGGGCACGCCUGAGGACCCUCAGCGCUCGCCGCGCCGCUCGCAUCCGGCGCCUCCUCCCGGACACUGCGACCCGCACGCCGACAGGGACCACUUUUCUUUCACUAAGGCGGCGAUGAAGAGCGUCGGCAUGAGCCCCGGCGAGUGCGGCGCAGUGCUCCGCGUGCUCGCCUUCGUGUUGAAGCUGGGCAACGUGCGUUUCGAGCCGCUGCACAACAUCGACGGAUCGCUGGGCACUCGUCUGCGGCGCCGCCACGAGCACGAGCUGCACGACGCCUGCGCGCUGCUCGGCAUCGACGCGGCGCGAUUGGCGCGCGCGCUCGGCGCGGAUGUGGCGCCUAAUGACGACGAAUGCACAGUCGAAGAGGGCUGUGAAGGCUGCGAAGGCUGUGAAGGUUGCGAAGCGGGCGAAGGUAGCGGGGGGGCUGGCGCCGAGUGGGCGGCUGCGCUGCGGGAUCGGUUGCUGUGCGCCCUUUAUUCACGCCUCUUCAACUGGCUAGUGACCGCGGUCAACGAAGCGCUCAAGGGCGACGGGAGCGGAGCGCGGGGUUCGCUUGGCAUCUUAGACGUGUACGGGCUCGAAUCCCUCGCGCACAACGGUCUCGAGCGGCUCCUCAUCAACUACGCGGCGGAGCGGGUGCACGCGUGCGUCAGCGCGCUUGCCCUGCGCCGGGAGCAGGAGGAGUAUUUGCGCGAGGGGCUGGCGUGGGUGCCGCUGUCGUGCGGAGAGCACGAGGCCGCCGCGGACGCGCUGGACGCCGGCCCCGACAGCGUGCUCGCCGUACUGCGCGACGCUUCACUGCGUGGAACCUCAGACGCUCACUUCUUGCAGCGUCUCCAGCGCCGCCGCCAUUCUCGAGUGCUCGCUCUGCCUCCGGAUCGCUUUCAAAUCACACACUUCGGCGGGCCCGUGGUGUACAGCGCCCGCGGCAUCGUCGCGAAGAACCGAGACGCACUGUGCAGGCGCUGCGCGAGCAUCUUGGGCGCCGCGCGCGAGCCGCUCGUGCGCGCCCUGUUCCCGGCGCCGGCGCCUCUGCCGGGUUCGCCACGGCGCCCUGCAGCCCUGGCCUGCCGUCAACGAGCGCUCGUCGCCGCCCUUCUCCGGCGUCUGCCGCCGGCACCGCGCCUCGUGCGAUGCCUUCGAGCAGACAUCGCGCUACGUCCGUACCGCUUCGACGCCCACCUGCUGCGUCACCAGAUCAGAAGUCAGGGAAUAAUGGAAAUGGCGCUCUUACGACGUGCGGGUUGGUGCGAGUCCCUGUGCGCGCGGGCGGUCGUAGCGCGUUACGGAGUGCUACGCGCGGGAGGCGCGGAGGCUCGAGGCGCCGAUGAGGAACCGGUGCGAGCGGCGCGGGCUCUGCUUCGCUCGCUGCCGAUCCCCAGCGGCGAGUUCACGUACGGGCGCAGUCGCGUGUUUAUCCGCAGCCCACGCACGCUGUGGGAGCUGGAGGCGCUGCGGCUGGCCCGCGUCGAGCAGCUAGUGCGAGCGGCCCAACGCGGCUGGCGGUCUCAUCGAGGGCGCGUGCGUGAGCGGGCCCAGCGCGUCAUAGCCGCCGCUUGGCGGGCCUAUCGGGCAAGGCGCGUAGCGGUCGAAAGCGGCUUCAGAACUGCGCGAGCGCCUCACAGAACCCGCGGCGGCUGCACGGGCGCGUGCACGAGCGCGUGUGCAUGUGUCAGCGGAGCCAUGCGGGCGGCGGAGGCCGGAAAUGGCGCAAGCGACUGGGCGGGACGAGUGAUUUGGCGCGCUUGGUGCGCAUCGGCGCGACGGCGCUAUCUGCGCGAGCUGUGGGCGAGACUGCCGGCCCGCCAUCGCUCGCCGGCGUGCGAAGCCUGGCCGCCGGUGCGCGCGCCGCGUCUUCUCGGCCGCACGGAUCAGCUACUGCGGCGGCUGCAUCACCGCUGGCGCUGCCACCUUUACAGGCUGGCCUUCGACCAAACGGCGCGAAACCGUAUGCGCGAAAAGGUGACGGCGAGCGUGGUGUUUAAAGAUCGCAAGCUGUCGUACCCGCGAAGUGUGGCGCAUCCGUUCGUCGGAGAUUACGUCAGGUUGCGGGCGUCGGGCGCUUGGCGACGCGGACUCGGCGCGGCGGCCGCGGACCGCUACGUCGUUUUCGCGGACGUCGCGCGAAAGGUGUCCCGCGGCGGAGGUGCGACGCGCUGUCUCGCGGUGCUGUCGACGGGUGCUCUGCUGCUGCUCGAGGCACGCUCGUUGCGGUUAAAGCGACGGGUGCCCGCGCACCACGUUUACCGGCUAUCCUUGUCACCUUACGCUGAUGAUUUACUCGUGGUGCACGUGCGGGCCGCCGCGGACGCCUCCGUCGAGGAUCUCUCGCACGCGUCGGACCGCGAGCAGCUCGACGCGCCCGGCUGUCUCUUCCCGAGCGAAGGAGGUUGGCGACGCCGCGGCGACGUCGUGCUGCGCACUUGCCACGUGCUCGAGCUUGCCACGAAACUGUUCCUUGUUGUGCAGAACGCGGUUGGUGCGCCGCCGCAAGUCAACAUCGCACCCGAAUUCGAGGCGAACUUCGGGCAGCAGUUGGUGACGAUCGCCUUCCACGCGUUGGGUUCCGUGGGUGGCGUGAUCGGCGCAGGCGCGUCGAGCGACGCCACCGGCUCCGCUGGGACGCGCCUCGUGCGCCGCGGCAGCCGCCUCGACGUGCUGCUUUGA